AUGCCACCUCUACCUCCUCGCCAAAACGAAAAUGACGAGCACAGCGGCGUGAACAACACCUCAAUCGAUUUAACGUUGACGGAAUCUGAGCUCCAAAUCAUCCACGCCUUUCGCAGUCUCACGAAUCCCGUCAUCGAAUGUUCGCACAUGCUCUCGCCGUUCGCGGCGUACAUCUCCCACCAGAUGGCGAUGACCACGUCGCAAAUCACACGAACGACGUGGUUUAUCGCGCGGUACUGGUGGUUGAGACAUUCGAGGCGAAGGUACGGACCCGUGGUUGCCUCGCUGGCGAUUGGCGGGGUGGUUAUGCAACACAAACGGAGGAAAGUUGGAGGAGCAGUUGGGGAAGUUGGUGGGGCAGUUCCCCUGAUGUGCUCGACGACGGGAUUGGAAAUCGGGAAAGGAUUGAAACUGUUUUUACACUUAGCGAGAAAACUAACGACCCCAGAUCCGCUUCCAGAAUUCACCGGGUCGAUGAUACUCUUCGUCGCCGCGUUUGCGCCGCACAAAGCGUUGGUUCGACGGUUUUUGAAACUCGCGGCGAAGGUGUGCAAGAUACCGAGGAUACGGAAGACGUUGCAGAAAAACGGGAAGAAGUUGGCGAAACUUUUGGCGCAGAAUAAAGCAAAGAACGAGGUGUUUAGCUAUCGCCAGGCGCUGAACGAGGCGUGGAAAGAGUUGGAGAGUUCGCUGGCGCCGGACGUGUUGCAGAGCAUGCGGGUGGCGGAGAGGAGGGCGGCGGCGAUUGCGCACGGCGCGUUUGAGGAGGACGACGCGGACGCGUUGUUUUUUAGCGAAGAGAAAGAAGAUAGCGAUGAUGAUGAUGACGAUGAGGUCACGCGUAACAAUAAUAAUAACAGCAGUAGCAGUAGUAAUAGUAGCGCGAAUAAUGAGUGGAGGAGAAGGAAUAAUAAGUUUGGGCCGAAACUCCCCGAACGAAAGAAGAAGGAGAAACAGGAGCAGCCGCAGCAGCGGCACAAGAGGAAACCGUCGACGUUACAACGCGUCGGAUCGUUGGUAAACGUGGUCACGGGUGGUGGGAAAGGUAAAGGUGACUGUGGCGAUGAGGAUAUAGGAGUAGAGGGAGAGGAUGAAAACGAUGGGAGUAGAGCUCUGGUCACUUUUGAUGCGCUGCAAACGCAUAAGAGUCCUCGCGCCUCGAGAAGCAGAUGGUUCGAUACGCCCUCGGAUGCAGAAGAGGAAGAUAUAGACGAAGAAAUCGACGAUAUUAUCCGGAAUCGAAUCGCUAGAAAUAAUAAUAAUAAUAAUAAUAAUAAUAACAGCAAAAGUAAACGCGCAGUUGCGAACAACAAGAACAAAAAAGAUAAGAGUGGCUCGAACGGCUUAAAAAGGAACGGCGUUUUGUCCAUCGUUCAAAGAUCGGUGUUACACUUGGUAGAGGAUGUGAGGUGUUUUCCGCAAGACGCGGUCGAUUACGUCUUCCUCGGCGACGCUGGAUUACCCCUCGCGAAACUUCCGAGAGAGUCAGAGGUCGAACGGUUCAUCCGCGCGAUUGAAACCGAAGCGAAGGAUUGUUUCACGCACGUCCAGUUGGCGUGUUUUUUGAUGCAACGACAAAACAAAAUCGACAUUGCGGCCGAAGCCGUCGAACGGUCCGCGAAAUGGAGAAGCGGAUACAAAUUUCUCGACGACCGCGCGUUGAAAAAGUUUCAAAAUGUCAUCUUUCGUCAUCGAAGAUUACCGAGAGGGGGCGCGCAAGUCAUUUUCCGUUUGCGCGCGGCGCACGAUAUGAUUUUGAAGAAAUCGAGCAUGGAUUCCUCUCUGAAUUUAGAGAUUGUUGUCUGUGCUAUCGUCUCAGUCGUCGAACGCGAGUGGCAGAAACUUCGCGCGUCUGGGAACGGACGUUUGCGUGGAGGUAUCGUUUGUGUCGUUGAUUGUGCUGGGUUGGAUAUAACCGCGCUUCCGAUUUCGCUCGUCGCCGCGACGUUGCGACUUUUAGACGCUAACUAUCCAGAGUUAGCGGCGGAAGUACACGUCACUUCAGUCUGGUGGGCUGCGAAAAGAGCUCUGAAAGCGUUACUCGAUGGCGUCUCGACUUCGUCAAGAGCUCGCGUGCACAUUUACAAAUCUGGAAACAGCGGAACGGAGAAGUUACUGGACCAUUUCGCGAGACAUCAAUUGCCUUCCUGCAUCGCCGGAGGCACGUGUAAAUGCCGAAGAUGUAAAUCGCUUCCCACCGCGCAAAUGUUUCGCACGAGAGAAGGGACGUGGCGAGACAUUCCUUGGGGAGAAAUGAAUGCGAGUCAACGCAGACAGUACGUCCGACAUCAUUUCGUGUACCUGGUUGGUUUGUGUGCGUUUUACCCGAUGCACUUUGCACGGAUGACUGCGCACCCUUUCUUGGUUUCCGCGGUAAAACUCGAUUCGCGAAUGUCGCGGCGAACACGAAUAAUGGUGUGGCGAACAGUUAUGAGUGCCAUCGUGUUGCUCGUCACGUUUUGA